GGGGCAUUAAAAAAAGCCACUAACUAGUAAGGCUGUAGCGUGUUCAGAGGAGCCGGGUACUCCUCACCUCUUUAUUUGAUAUUUGAAUAAAGCUUAAAGUAGUAUAAAGUGAUUGGAGAGGAUUGCUUUAACCACGUUUUUAAUCGGAGACGUGACGCCGUGUCUGAAACAAAGCGGACCCUCUUCUGCUCAGUCUUCGCCUUUUAUAGCAGCUCGAAGGAGACUUUUCGGUGGCAAAUGUCUCUCUAAAACUACAACCAAGGACAACAACUUUAAAAAGCAUCAGUUUUUAAGAUGAAUCUACAGUUACUUCUGUUAGCGACGUUACCAGCGCUCCUCUGGGCCAACAGGCCGCAGCAAGAGGGAAGCAUAUGCAUCAAGGCAAACGCUCAGUCGUGCGGGGACUGCAUCCAGGUCGCAGAGUCGUGUGGAUGGUGCACAGAUGAAACCUUCCUCUCUGAGGGUGAGUCCAAGUCGGCCCGCUGCGAUGACCUCAAAUCUCUGAUAACCAGAAAGUGUGACCAGGCCAAAAUUGAGAACCCCCGCGGAAAGAUCGUGAUAGACCAGGACAAGCCGGUCACCAACCGCAAGAAGGACGUGGCCGAGAAACUGAGCCCUGAGCAGAUCACGCAGAUCCAGCCACAAAAACUCAGCCUGACACUCAGAUCUGGUGAGCCGCAGACUUUCGAUCUGAAAUUCAAGCGUGCUGAGGAUUACCCCAUCGACCUGUAUUACCUUAUGGACCUGUCAUUCUCCAUGAAGGACGAUUUGGAAAACGUCAAGAACCUCGGCACCGACCUCAUGAAGGAAAUGCAGGGCAUCACCUCAGAUUUCAGGAUCGGGUUCGGCUCCUUUGUGGAGAAGACCGUCAUGCCUUACAUCAGCACCACUCCCGCCAGGCUCAUCAACCCCUGCACAGGGAACCAGAACUGCACCAGCCCCUUCAGCUACAAGAACGUCCUGAAGCUGACGGACAAGGGAGACCGCUUCAACCAGUUGGUCAGUCAGCAGCAGAUCUCUGGUAACCUGGACUCUCCAGAGGGGGGCUUCGAUGCCAUCAUGCAGGUGGCGGUCUGUGAGGAGCAAAUCGGCUGGAGGAACGUGACUCGCCUGCUGGUGUUUUCCACCGAUGCCGGUUUCCACUUUGCUGGAGAUGGCAAGCUGGGCGGCAUCGUCCUGCCCAAUGAUGGAAAGUGUCAUCUGGAGAACGACAUGUACACCAUGAGCCACUAUUAUGAUUACCCCUCCAUCGCCCAUUUGGUCCAGAAACUGAGCGACCACAACAUCCAGACCAUCUUUGCUGUCACGGAGGAAUUUCAGCCUGUUUACAAGGAGUUGAAAAAUCUCAUUCCCAAAUCCGCUGUUGGCACGCUGUCGUCCAACUCCAGCAACGUGAUAAAACUCAUUAUUGAUGCUUAUAAUUCUCUGUCAUCUGAAGUCAUUCUGGAGAACAGCAAGCUGCCAGAUGGAGUUUCAAUCACCUACAAGUCCUUCUGUAAGAACGGUGUGGAGGGAACCGGCGAGAACGGCAGGAAGUGCUCCAACAUCUCCAUCGGAGACGAGGUGUCCUUUAAGAUUUCCAUCGAGUCUCAGAAGUGUCCAGAACGUGUCAAAGAGGAGGUCAUUAAAAUCAAACUGCUGGGCUUCACAGAAGAGGUGGAAGUAAAACUGAACUUCAUCUGUAACUGCGAGUGCUCUGCAACGGGCGAAAAGAACAGUGACAAGUGCCACGAGGGCAACGGCACCUUCGAGUGUGGAGCCUGCAAGUGUAAUGACGGACGCAUCGGGCGUCUUUGUGAGUGCAGCAAAGACGAAGUACGAACGGAGGAUCUGGACGCCAACUGCAGAAAAGACAACGGUACGGAUAUCUGCAGCAGUAAUGGCGACUGUGUCUGCGGCACCUGCGAAUGCAAGAAAAGAGAAAACCCUGCAGAGGUCUACAGUGGAAAAUACUGCGAGUGUGACAACUUCAACUGUGAUCGCUCCGGCAACAAACUCUGUGGAGGACACGGACGCUGUGAGUGCAGGGUGUGCAUCUGCGACGCCAACUACACCGGCAGCGCCUGCGACUGCUCUCUGGACACUUCCACCUGCCUCGCCAAGAACGGACAGAUCUGCAACGGACGCGGCGUGUGUGACUGCGGCAUCUGCAAAUGUACCAACCCCAAAUUCCAAGGUCCGACCUGCGAGAUCUGUCCAACCUGCCCCGGAGUGUGCGCGGAGCACAAGGAUUGCGUGCAGUGCCGAGCUUUCCAGGCCGGUGAAAAGAAGGACACCUGUCAGCGGGACUGCAACUACUUCCAGCUGAUGAAGGUGAAGGACCGCGACAGGCUUCCCCAGCCAACAGACCAGAGCUUCCCCCUGACUCACUGCAAGGAGCGCGACGCCAACGACUGCUGGUUCUACUACACCUAUGCCAUCAGGAAUGGUACCAAGGAGGUCUACGUGGUGGAGAAUCUGGAGUGCCCGGCAGGUCCUGACAUCAUCCCCAUAGUCGCCGGUGUGGUCGCCGGCAUAGUGCUGAUCGGCCUCGCCCUGCUGCUCAUCUGGAAACUGCUCAUGAUCAUCCACGACCGACGAGAGUUCGCCAAGUUCGAGAAGGAGAAGAUGAACGCCAAGUGGGACACGGGAGAGAAUCCGAUCUACAAAAGUGCCGUAACAACUGUCGUCAAUCCAAAGUACGAAGGCAAAUGAUGGAGCUUUGCCUUCACUGUGAUAUCACUGUAUGGAAAAUAUAUGGGGGCCGAGGGGCUGAAGGGAGGGGCGGGUUUUUAUAAUGCUCUCACUG